AUGUUGGACAACGAGGAAACUGUGACAUCUGUGGACACCACAGUCCAUAAAAACAGUGAAGAUACCGAGGAACCACCACAACCCCAAGGACCAACAACGAGUCACGUCCUGGCGCAAAUUGAGCAAGACGAGAAAGGCCUGUCGCAGAAAGAUGACACAACCGAGACCGCUGAUAUCGGAUGGGGACGAUCGGGAGACCAGAUUGAGGAGUCGCUGGUGGCCGGCCUGUCAAACGACGAUCUAUUCAUGCUCAUCAGACGCUUCAACAAGCAAGUCUAUGCGGUCAAAGCAGUACCGGAUGCUCCACUGCAACGAUUGGACCUUACCCGAACGGCCGAUGAGGACUUCUCGCCGGAUAAACUGCGUGCCACGAUUGAACGGUUCUACAUCACGGUCGUGGUUGGCCUGACCAGUGCCAUUAAACACGUUGCGCGUCUGCGAUCGUGGAAAGAGCCGAGACGAACUGCCAUAUUUUUCGCAGUAUACUUUAUUGCAUGGAUAUUGGACUUUCUCGCUCCCACAUUCUUUGCUAUUUUGAUUGCCUUGGUUAUAUACCCGCCAUGCCGGCCACUCUUAUUUCCUCCAGCACCCAUUGCUCUCGUUGAUAAGAAUACUGGCGGCGUUCAAAAGCCCAAAACAGGGGUACUGGGAUCUCAUGACAGCAUCACCGGCGCCCCGGAGAAGUUCAAAGGCGAAGCGGCCGAGCAGGAGGCGAGCAACUUAGUCGCGAGCGUGGCCAGCGUUGCUGUUGGAAGUGCAGUUGGGAAACAUGACCAAGGAGUUCCCGAAGAUGCACCGCUAGAAGGAGCUGUCCCUGAUGCUAUGGAGAUCGUAUCCAACACGGCCGACGCGCAAAGCGCAGCGCACGGCAGGGUGCCGUUGGAUUCUCAUGACAAGACGAGACAGCCAGUGAGAGAGGCAGUUAUGAAUGCAGCUGAUCUGUUAAUGCAGAUGGUCAGUGAUCUCACUGAUACCUAUGAGAAAUUUGGCAAUGCUUUGUCCGCUACUCCUCCAUUUCCUCAAAUGGAUCCUCGCCUGCGUCUGGUCUCAGUACUGGCACCAGCCUGUCUGGCAUCGGCCUUCAUAUCCAGUUACAUUUUGAUAAAGAUGAGCGGACUCGUUAUCGGCAUUGCCUUCUUUGGAGAUCCCCUCAUCGGACGAAGCAUCACUUAUCUGAAUCACAAGGUCCCGCACUGGCAAAAGUUCUUCGAAUUACAGAAUUCGCUCCUCAAGGAAAUCCCAACAAAUGCCCAGCUGACGCUAACACUCCUUCGAGUCGGCGAAAGAAACGCUUCACCACUCCCACCACCCCCAACUUCCCGCGACAAACCUCCUUCACGGCCAGCUUCACUGCAUCAUGAGAAAUUGGCCUUAGGCGCUACUACCGAAGAAAUAAAGCAAGCAGCUUCUGGUGAAGCUCUCGAUUCUCAGUCACCACAAGAGCCUCAAUUACCCUUCGAAGUACCUCACAAAAGUACCUGGGCUGCCAAUAUCCUGGGCUUCUUCCGCGGCACUACAGCCACAGGCGUUGAAAGCAAACGAGCCAUUGACCGCAUGCGAGCACUAGCAGGCUCACGGCGCGCCAAGAACAAGGUCGGGGUUCUUCGUCGUAAAGGUCAAGUCAUUAUACCCGUUGGACCGGUUGAAUUUGACGCACGGUACAAAGGCAGACACGGGACUGUGGUACUGGACUCAUCUAGAGAGCCUAUGCUGCUAUAUUUCACCACAGACCACCCACAGGGAACUGAUCUGAGAAUGGAAAGCCGCAAGAAAGGAUCCGUGCUUUUCAGUCUUCCUGUCCCGGAAAUCCGGGAGAUGAAGAAGCUAGGCGGGAUGGGCUGGAAGGGCAAACUGGUUGUCGGUUGGGCUAUGGGGGGCAAAGAAGUUGUGGAUGGCUUGCUUAUCGUCGGGAAGGAGUCUGGUCAGUCGUACCAGUUGACUGCUAUGGGGACUAGAAAUCAGUUGUUUAACCGGCUGGUUGCGAUUGAUGGACAGGUGUGGGAGAGCUGUUGA